CAAAAAAAAAAAGUUGUGUGAAAGUAGUAUCAGAAAUGCUAGCUCGCAUAGCUUCUCUAACAGAGAGACCCCUUUCAUUUAUUCGCUCCUUCAGUUAUAGUAACAGUAACCUCUCUUCAACUUUUAGGAGAAUUGCUAGAAUCCCAAAUUCCGCCGGUAGAGUAAUGAAUUUUGAGGAUUUGGAUUUAUAUGCUACAAAACGUGUGAAUCUUCGGUUGUGCAAUGUCUCAGGUUGCCUGACAGAGAUACUGGAAAUUUGUGUUGACCAUCCCUCACUACAUGUUGUGUUCUUUCCUGGAAAUACUGGUGCUAUUACCUUUUACAAGGAAUUUGUGGAAUCAUUGUUCGAGUUCCUCGGAGGAACUGCAUCUGUAUCAGCUGUUGGCGCUGCAGGUCAUACAGAAAUGAAUUGGGAUCAUGUGAGGUUGUUCUUGCAAGAACAAAUUGAUCAUAAGAUUGAGUUCCAGAAAAUGCAAAAUAUCGAAGCCCCUUUAGUUCUGGUAGGGUACUCUAUCGGUUCAUAUAUAGCGCUAGAAAUUCUAAGGAGACUGCCGGAGAAGGCAGUAUGUUGCAUUGGACUCUACCCGUUUUUAUCCUUAAAUCUGCAAUCAAAGAAACAGGUGGUCAUUGUUAAAGUGACUAGGUCCAGAGUACUGUCCACUAUAGUCACGCUUUUUGUAGCGUUGUUGGGCUUGUUACCAAGACGGGUUUUGAGGCUAAUUUCUGAACUUUCUAAUGGGAAGUCAUGGUCUAAUACUGCCCAUGAAGCUGCUUGCUCUCACUUACCACAGUAUCAUACCAUACGCAAUGUGCUAUAUAUGGCCAGGACAGAGUUCAUAAAGCUUUCAGAAACACCAGACUGGAACUUUAUGAGAGAAAACCAGGAGAAAAUUUCAUUCUUGUAUGGCAUUGACGAUCAUUGGGGUCCAUUACAAAUGUUUGAAGAGGUCUCUAGGCAGGCCCCAGGCAUUGGUCUAUCAAUUGAAAGGGAGGGCCACACUCAUGGUUUUUGUUGUAGUGAGGCUGGCUCAAUCUGGGUUGCUCGCCAUGCUGCUGGCUUGAUAAAGAACAAAUUAGCAAGCUAAUGCCAGUAAGAUCAGUCUCGAUUUUGAUUACAUUCAU